AAAGUGUCUCGCUCUGGAAACUAGUCAGGCUUUUAUGAAUACAAAAUAGUCGUUUGAAUGAAUCCUAGAGUUACACUUUCUAUUAAAGUAUUAAAGUAAUUUCAGAUAGUUCACUCUGACUUAAAGCGAGAUAACAAGUUCCGAUGUCCUGACGCAGCUCCUGAAUGCAGCAGCAGCAGCGCGCCUGUGCUGAGGUGAGCAGAAACAACGUGAACUGAUGAAGUUUGACCCACACAGACUCAGAAAUGUGGACCGGGGUGGAAAACAAGAGCAGAACUCUCACCAGAGAUGGAAACAGCUCGAAGAUGGUUGACCCAGAUCUCCGUACAUGGCAGCUUUUACACACACUUCCACAGAGGAAUGGUUCAACUGCAGCAUCCACCCAUUCUUCUCAUUCAGAGGACUCUUUAACCAGGAACAGUGGAAUAAUACCUGGAGCUAUCGCCGCCACACUGUUCAUUGCCUUCCUCCUUGCUCUCUACGCUGUCCUGUGGAAGUGCAUGGUGUCACCUCCACAACGAAAGCACAGAAAGGUGAGGGUUCGUGUGAAACAGAGGAGUUCUGUGUGAAGAUGGUUGGAAAUAUUUUGCAGCUGUUAACGGUGUGAAUUAAAUUGAGAAGCAGACUUUGCUCCUGGUCAGAAACCAUAUGCUGCUUAAGAUGAUCGUCUUGAUGGAUCCAAAGAUCAAAACUUAAAGAGAAAAAAGGGACUAAACUAAGUGGAUGUGUCACCCUCUCUCUCUCUGUUACUGUCCGCUGGUGGCUGCUGCUGUCUCAAACAAACUGUGAUGAUGCAAAAAUGUUUUUAAUAGCUGGUCAUAUUGUGCUGCUUGAUUCAGUGAACUUUGCACUACUGUUGACCGAGGCAGCUCAGGCCAUAGCUCACUCUACUGACCAAUAAGCUGUGCAUGUAUGUAAGAGGCACAAAUUGAUGUAUAGUGUUUUUUAAUGAAUGUAUGUCUUCACUGGAUUUUGUAUUGCACCAUUGAAACCUUUCUAGUUAAAGAUAUUUUGGGGGAACUUCUAAAGCUGUCAGGAUGUUCAGGGAAAUCAGACCAUCAACUCUAAAACUCUGUUGAAAAUCUUUAAAGGGAUUUUGUGUCAUGAAUGCCCUAUGUUUUUUAAAGCAGGCAGUUGAUUCACUUCUCUCAGGAGGUUGUAAUUACUGUAUUACUUUGGCUCUACACUAAACUGUGACUGGUGUUUUUUACUUAAAUGUCAUGUGAGUAUGAAUAAAUGCUGAGAUCUCA